AUGGGGCGCUAUACCGCGGACAUGGCGAGUCCGGCCUUUGACGGGCCCAAGACGCGACGCGCGUGCAUGUCGCCCGUGUCCUCCUCCGACGAAGAUGGCGAUCGCUUCGAUUUUGAGCCGCGCAAGCGAUCGCGCUCGGCCAAGCCGCCGGCCAAGCGGGCCAAGACGACGAAGCGGUCGGCCGCCAAGAAGACGAGAGACGCGCCAGCGCCUUUCGUCGCGUACCUCGUCGAGUCGCUCAAGGAGAGCGUCCAGGCCAAGCUGAGUUUUGCGUUUGGCUUUGGCCUUGGCUCGAUCAUCCCGCUGCCAACCGGCGACGAGUGGACCGGUGACGAGACCAAGAAGCUCGCCGAGUGGCUCGAGUCGCUUGGGUUCACGGCGCACAAGAGUACGAACGUGUACCGGAUCUCCAACAAACAGGCCGCGACCUUGUUGAAGGCGUUGCAGCCGACGGUCCACCCCUCCGCCAUGAGCGAGUCGACAAAGGCGUACAUCCACAACUUUGCGCUGCCGCUGGACGAGUCGCUCGAGUUUGUCUCGGCGCCCGUUGCACUACCGCCGGUUGCACCGUCGCCCGCUGCACCGUCGCCGGCGGCUGCGCGCCCGUCCCCAACCAUGGCGUCCAACCCGCGUUUGCAUUGGGGCACGUCGCCAAUCUUGCCCGCGCGGCUCCAUCGGCACCGCCUCGGCGUCGAUCCGAGCCCUAUCGCCAAGAUCUCGCCGCAGCUCGACGAGCACUCGCUGGACGUGUCGUUCGACGUCGACGACGACGACAUGAGCGACGUGGUUGUCGCCAAGCGCAUUAGUUUUGGCGCGUUCGUCAAGCACGCCAAGCCCACUGCGAUCGUUGGCGGCGCGAUCUCGCCGAUUCGAGAAGAAACCAGCAGCACCGACACGUCGCUGCCGUCGCGCUCCCGGCUCCACGACGCCUCGACCGACGCCAACGUAUCGUUCUCGCUCCUCAACCUCUCGCGGGACGACCUCGCAUUCGUGCAGACCAAGCGCCAGCGCAACCACCAGCGCCGCUUGUCGUUUUUCGAGCACGCGCCCCGGCGCUCGUCGUUCUUCGUGCCAUCGACGACGGUCAUCGUGACGCCAACCGUCUUGCCGGACGCCGUCGCAACGCUCGUGCUCUCGUCGGGCUUUCUCAAAAUGACGCCGCAGGUCGCUAGCGUCAGCAAGCAUUGGCACCACACCUGCUCGGCGGUGCAAGCGUGGACCCGCGCCGACUACACGGCGCUGCCGUUAAUGGAGCAGGCCUUGAUGGACCUGUACCCGCGCGGCCAGUUUCUCGCCGACGGCGCGUACAAGCGCGUAUACAAGGUCCAUGCGGUCGCGUCCAAGCACGACGAAGCCAUGAGCGUCAUGGACGUGCGCGCGAUCGAAGCCCUCGGGAAUGAACACAUUGUCCGGCAAGAGAUUGCAACGUCGCUGCUCAUGUCGGACCUCGUCGCGUCCAAUGUGUGCCCCAACUUUGUUCGCCUGUACGACGUGUUUCUUGCCGGUGCCGCCGCGCCUGCGGUUUGGGGCGGUCCGGCCUUGCCGACGGACGCCACGGGCCGAUACCUCUACACCCGCAUGGAGCUCUGCGACGGCGGCAACGUCGAAGACUACCUGCGCACCCACGGGUCCCUCGACGCGCACGACGUGGCGGCCUACUUUUUCCAAAUGUGCUUUGCGCUCUACACGGGCCGCGCCACGCACGCGCUGCGGCACUUUGACAUCAAGCUGCUGAACUUUUUCCUCCAAUCCCACGACGCGGGUGUCGUUGCGUACGAGUUUGAUGGCGCCACGUACUCGCUCGCGGCCUCUGCAUGGGUCAAGCUCGCCGAUUUUGGCUCGGCGACGACACAGGACGGCUCGCUCACCGCGCCGAUCGGGUUUGAGCACUGGACCACGUACGAGAACGCCCCGAUCGAGUUUUUCGUCGACGGCGACGACGCGGUCCAGGGAUAUGCCGUCGAUACGUUUGCCUUGGGCUUGUGCCUUUUGCACCUCGCCACUGGCAGUCUGCCCUACGAAGAGCUCUUGGUCGACGUCGUGUGCCCGAAAGGUCUCAAGGCGACGCUCCUCCGUCUCUGGAAGGUCAAGCGUGCGACGAAGGGGGCGCCGGCUUUUUCGAUUCUUCAAAAAGUCCUUCGGCGCGACGCCAGCCACAGCGACGUGCUCUGCGAUACCCUGUAUCGCUACUGUGUGCUCUUUGGCCUGGACUCGCUUCAGAGCACGUCACGUGUCGCGACCGCCCUCCGAUCCCAGCUGCUCGGAAAGGCCAACGCGCGCCGGUUGUCGCCGGACGCCACGCAGUUUCACGCCGACGUCGCCGCGUUUUCGCUCGCGACGGGGACGCACAAGGCCGUGGUCGCGGCCCGCACCCGCCUCGUAGCGAUCGAUGGGCUCACGUUGCUCCAAGGCCUUGUGGACUUUACACCGGCGCGCCGCCCGAGCCUGAAGCGAGUGCUCGCCGCCGACAUCUUCGCGACUCUCCGCGUCGCCACGACGACGACGCCCGAUGUGGUGAUUGCCACGUACAAGACGGCGGCCGUCGACGUCUAA